AUGUUACCAUUUAUAAUUCAAAGAAAUAUAUUAUCAAAACUAUUUAAUAAUAAUAAUAAUAUAUUUACAUUAAAAGAAUAUAUUAUUAAUAAUAAUAAUAGUAGUGAUAAAAAGAUUAAAAGAAAUAAUAAAAGAAAUAAUAUAUUGGAUAAUAAUUUCAAAGAUCUCCUAUCUAAUGAUAACAAUGCUCAAUUGAGUUGUUGCAGUUUAGUUUGUAAACAAUGGUUCAAGUUGAUCGCAACUGAAUAUUGUACGAGAUAUUACAUUGGCAUUGAUAUCGAUUGGAGAUACUUUGAUGAAUCCGAUAUAUUAUCAGAGGAUCAGAUAUUUAGUACGGUUAAUCCAACCUAUGAUAUUAAAAUAUUGAAUAAUGUAAAUUCAAUGAUCAAGAAUCAAAUUAGAUCCUCUAGUAAUAGACUAUCGAGUAAUCAUUCAAUAUAUCAGUAUAGCAAUAUCAAUCAUUUAUAUUAUAAUUCUAAUUUCGUAAAUAAUCAUAGUAUUGAUAACUAUCAAGAUAAUGAUAAUCAAUAUAAUCAACAUCAAUAUCUAUUGAAUUGGUUAUACAAAUUCACAAGCCUACAACGCUUAACUAUAAAGACAGAGUGUCCUUAUUUAGUUAACGAUAUUCUCGAUCGAUUCCCACAUCUCAAGAUUGAGUUGUACGUAGAGCAAUCACCAUUCUAUCUAUAUAAAGAUAUGUUGGAUAUGUCGGAUAUCGAUGAGACUACAUUGGAGUUUGUACAUCUCAACGUUGAAGGUAUACAUCAAAUGAUAGCAUACGAUAAUCCAGAGAAAUACUACAACCAAUACGUUAGGCAGUGGAGAACCAAUUCAUUUUCAUUCAGCUAUAUAGGUCGUGACUCUGAGAUCUCGCAUAUCUCCUACAAGAAUCUAUUACAGCUAUCACUCUUGGAAUCAAGUAGACUUCGACAUAUAAAGAUAGUUAAUGAUUAUAUAGAUACAAAGUAUCUAAGUUUAAUAGUUGAUAGUAAGAGUUGUAUUGUUUCAUUCAAAUCAAAGGUUGCUUUCGGUAUCUACGAAAUGAGUCAUCAGUAUCAUGGUCAGCAUGUUGGUGAGCUAUUUCAAUGGUGUAGCUGUCUUUCAACUCAGUCAUUCUCGGAGCUCUAUGGUAGAAACCGUCUUGAACACUGGGAGCAAUUCUGUCAGCUACUCGCCAACAAUAAAACACUUAGACGUCUAUCGCUAACGAAUGUCUGCAAAGUACAUCUAUUACAACAACCGGAAACCAUAGAGAGUAUGUCAAAUCAACUAAGUAUAGCACUCUCUAACAACAACACUUUGGUUAGUCUAACGAUAUCCGGUCUUUUUCUUACUGAAUCGUUCUUUGACGCCAUUGCACAUAGUAACACAACCAUUCAAUACCUAAAAAUCAAAGACAUAACAACACAACAAAUUCAUCAAUUAAAAGAAGUAUCAAAACAUAACAAAUUUAUUAAAAUAAAUGGUAGUACAUGUAGAAUCAAUGAAGCGUCGUCCUCAUUAUUAUCAUCAUCAUCAUCAUCAUCAUCAUCGAUACUCUCAAAAAGAUUAGGAGACUAUUCAACUACUACAUUUACAAUCUAUGUUAAUCAAACUAGUAAUUUCACAGAGGUGCUAUGUGGAGCCAAUAUGACGUCGGGUUGUCAAACGAUGAACGAUGCAUUGAACUCCUAUUACUACCAAUCGAGUGUCAUCACCGACGCAACCAACGUAGUCAUCAUACUGAACAGUGGUGUCUACACAGGUAUCAAUAAUACCAAUCUUUCUCUAAGCAAUAUAAACAUAACAUUUACAACUUAUGAUAACAAUAACAAUAAUAAUAAUAAUAAUAGUACAACCAAUUCGACAAAUACAAAUAUUGAAACUACAAUCGAUUUACAAUCACAAUCAAGAUUCUUGGAUAUAAAUAGUAAUUCUCAACAAUCACAAUCAGUACAGACACUGGUUUCCAUCAAUAAUCUGAAUAUAGUGAAUGGCGCUGCUGACGAUGGUGCCGUCAUUCGUACGCUUGGAAGCGAGGGAACCGUCUAUAUCAGUAUCAACAACAGCUAUAUUGCAUCAAACAAUGCCAAUCAAUAUGGAGGUGUAUUCUACUUCCAACAGAACAGCAGUCCACAACUAUCGGUCACCAAUUCAAUACUGAUCAAUAACACUGCUAGAACUCAUGGCGCCAUCAUCUACUCUGAACAGCAGGUGAUCACAUCGUUUUACGACUGCCAGCUGACUUACAACCAGGCAGUCCAAGGCAAUGGAAUCAUCUAUGCAAUGAACAGCUCCACCGUGUUACAACGAUGUAACAUUAGCAACAACCAAGUACUACAGGGAUCGAUUAUCCACACCUCUGACGAAGUACUGGGUGUCGCCUAUACCAACUUCACUGGCAAUCGAUUUACAAACGCAACACUCUACUCUGAGAAUGGAUAUCUACACAUGUCGGACACGGUGUUCAGUGAGAAUUGCUGUGGAAGUCAAAUCAUGCUCAUCGGAGAGAAUGGCGAGGUGCGAGCGUUCAACUCGCUGUUCACCGCUAAUCAAGGUUCCGGCGAGUAUCCAGAGGUGAUACGUCUACAGGAUCAAGUGAUAAGCUACAUCACCAACUCGACAUUCAGCGAUAAUCAAGGUGGUAUUCUCUAUUCCGACAGUAUAUUGGCAUCGACUUUUGAGUGGUGUCAAUUCCUUGACAACCAACCGAUUGCUGUCGACACUGACAACGGCCAGCCCUACAGCAUCUACGUACAGGACACUAGGAAUUUGAAAUUCUUUGAUAGCUAUUUUAGACCAAACAAUUCAUACAUCUAUUGUCUGACCAGUCAGAUCACAAUGCAAUCACCUAUCAACCAGACAGCACCACAGAUUCUCUGUGGCAGUGAUUGUUUGACAAUUGGUGAGGCACUAUGCUACGGUAGUUCAUCGUACGAACCAAAGAAACCACGACUAACAAACGCAGAUGUCGGUGGAAUCAUUUUUGGAACAACCAUGGGUGUUGUUGGACUUGGAUUGCUUGGUGUUUAUCUAUAUAGAAGAUUCUACAGAAAUCCAGAAGAAAAGUUCCAAUAUCAACCAAUUGCAUAA